CCUGGCUGCAAAGAGGUAAAUGCUGUCAACUGUAACACGAGCUGGAAAAUAACUUUGUUCAUGAAAUUCAGUAGUUAUCGAGAUGAUGUACUGAAAGGAGGAGAUGUUGUUAGGCUGUUUCAUGCAGAGCAAGAGAAGUUUCUGACCUGUGACGAAUAUGAGAAGAAACAACAUAUUUUCCUUCGUACUACAUUACGUCAGUCGGCCACUUCUGCAACAAGUUCUAAAGCACUGUGGGAAAUAGAGGUUGUCCAUCAUGACCCUUGCCGGGGAGGGGCAGGACAGUGGAAUAGCUUGUUUAGAUUUAAGCAUUUGGCAACUGGAAACUACUUAGCUGCAGAGCUUAACCCACACUAUCCAGAAGGUAGUAAUGAAGGAAAAGCUUUGCAGAGAGACGGCGACCUUCCUGCUUCAAAGAAGAAACGCCAAGCAGGGGAGAAGAUUAUGUAUACUUUGGUCUCUGUGCCACAUGGAAAUGACAUCGCAUCUCUCUUUGAACUGGAUGCCACCACUCUUCAGAGAGCUGAUUGCCUGGUUCNUAGGAAUUCGUAUGUCCGACUGAGGCAUUUAUGCACUAACACUUGGGUCACUAGUACCAGCAUUCCAAUAGACACUGAUGAAGAGAGGCCUGUGAUGUUAAAGAUUGGGACGUGCCAAACAAAAGAGGACAAAGAAGCUUUUGCCAUUGUAUCGGUUCCUCUGUCUGAGGUCAGAGACUUGGACUUUGCCAAUGAUGCAAACAAGGUUCUAGCAUCAACUGUUAAAAAGCUGGAGAAUGGAACAAUAACCCAGAAUGAAAGGAGGUUUGUAACCAAGUUACUGGAAGAUCUCAUUUUCUUUGUUGCUGAUGUGCCUAAUAACGGGCAGGAAGUUUUGGAUGUGGUCAUUACCAAGCCAAACCGUGAACGACAAAAAUUAAUGAGGGAACAAAAUAUAUUGGCUCAGAUAUUUGGCAUCCUCAAAGCUCCUUUUAAGGACAAAGGUGAAGGAUCGAUGCUGAGACUUGAAGACCUAGGUGACCAGAGAUACGCUCCUUACAAAUACAUGUUAAGGUUAUGUUACAGAGUUCUCAGACAUUCCCAACAGGACUACAGGAAGAACCAGGAAUAUAUUGCUAAGAACUUCUGUGUCAUGCAGUCCCAGAUUGGUUAUGAUAUCCUGGCAGAAGACACCAUCACAGCUUUGUUGCACAACAACAGAAAACUGCUAGAGAAACACAUCACGGCUAAAGAAAUAGAGACAUUUGUUAAUUUACUCAGGAGAAAUCGAGAGCCAAGAUUCUUGGAUUACCUAUCGGACCUGUGUGUAUCUAACACCACAGCAAUACCAGUAACUCAGGAACUCAUCUGCAAGUUUAUGCUGAGCCCAGGGAAUGCUGACAUUCUCAUUCAGACCAAGCUGGUUUCAACACAAAUGGACAAUCCCUUGGAAUGCCCAGCCAUCUCGGAUGACAUUGAUGAAGAAGAAGUGUGGCUUUACUGGAUUGACAGUAACAAGGAGCCUCAUGGCAAAGCCAUCAGGCAUCUGGCUCAGGAGGCAAAGGAGGGCACAAAAGCAGAUUUAGAAGUUCUUACUUACUACAGGUACCAACUGAACCUCUUUGCGCGAAUGUGCCUGGACCGCCAAUAUCUAGCUAUCAACCAGAUUUCUGCACAGCUGUCAGUAGACUUGAUCCUACGAUGUAUGUCUGAUGAAAGCCUCCCUUAUGAUCUCCGGGCUUCUUUCUGUCGACUGAUGCUACACAUGCAUGUGGACAGGGAUCCUCAGGAAUCUGUGGUACCUGUCAGAUAUGCCAGAUUGUGGACUGAAAUUCCUACUAAGAUCACAAUUCAUGAGUAUGAUUCUUUCACAGACUCUUCAAGGAAUGAAAUGAAGAGGAAGUUUGCGCUAACUAUGGAAUUUGUAGAAGAGUACUUGAAAGAAGUUGUAAAUCAGCCCUUUCCUUUUGGAGACAAAGAGAAAAAUAAACUUACAUUUGAGGUGGUACAUCUGGCUCGAAACCUCAUAUACUUUGGCUUUUAUAGUUUUAGUGAGCUUCUCAGACUGACCCGGACGCUGCUGGCAAUUCUAGAUAUUGUUCAAGUUCCUAUAUCAUCAUACUUCGAAAGGUUGAGCAAGUUUCAGGAUGGAGGAAACAAUGUUAUGAGGACCAUCCAUGGUGUAGGAGAGAUGAUGACCCAAAUGGUACUGAGCAGAGGAUCUAUAUUUCCCAUCAGUGCCCCUGAUGUACAGCCAAGCAUUCACCCAAGCAAGCAAGCCAGCACCUCAGACAGUGAAGAUGUGAUCGUAAUGGACACCAAAUUGAAAAUCAUUGAGAUUUUGCAGUUUAUUCUCAGUGUUAGACUGGACUAUAGAAUAUCCUACAUGCUGUCUAUCUAUAAGAGGGAGUUUGGGGAAAACAAUGAAAACGUUGAUAGCUCUACAACAUCCCCGCCUGACACACCAGGGAUUGCCUCAGCAAUUGUCCCUGAUAUAGAUGAAAUUGCAGCUCAGGCUGAAACCAUGUUUGCUGGCAGAAAGGAGAAGAAUGCGGUUCAGCUUGAUGAUGAAGGGGGCAGAACUUUUUUACGGGUCCUUAUUCACCUCAUCAUGCAUGACUACCCUCCUUUGCUUUCAGGUGCUCUGCACUUGCUAUUUAAGCACUUCAGCCAGAGAGCAGAAGUUCUACAAGCAUUUAAACAGGUUCAGUUGCUGGUGUCUAAUCAAGAUGUUGAUAACUACAAGCAAAUCAAGGCUGAUCUUGAUCAGCUACGUCUGACUGUAGAAAAAUCGGAAUUGUGGGUUGAGAAGAGCAGCAGUUAUGAGAGUGGAGAGGUGGGCGACAAUCAAACCAAAGGGGGAGAAGAGCCAAUAGAGUUUAGUAGGAAGCCAAACAGCAACAAAAGCAAUAACUACAAUAUUGUUAAAGAGAUUUUGAUUCGACUCAGCAAACUUUGUGUUCAGAAUAAAAAAUGUCGGAAUCAACAGCAGCGAUUGCUGAAAAAUAUGGGCGCCCACUUGGUAGUCUUGGACCUUCUGCAGAUACCCUAUGAAAAGAGCGAUGAAAAGAUGAAUGAAGUUAUGAAUCUAGCCCACACUUUUCUUCAGAAUUUCUGUCGAGGAAAUCCUCAGAAUCAAGUUCUCCUCCACAAAAAUCUCAACUUGUUCUUAACUCCGGGGCUCCUGGAAGCUGAAACCAUGCGGCACAUCUUCAUGAAUAAUUACCUUCUGUGUAAUGAAAUUAGUGAGAGAGUGGUGCAGCACUUUGUGCACUGCAUUGAGACCCACGGCCGUCAUGUGGAGUACCUGCGUUUCCUGCAGACCAUUGUGAAAGCAGAUGGCAAAUACGUGAAAAAAUGCCAGGACAUGGUAAUGACAGAGCUGAUAAAUGGUGGUGAAGAUGUGUUGAUAUUCUACAAUGACAGAGCAUCAUUUCCAGUCCUACUCCAAAUGAUGUGUUCAGAGCGAGAUCGAGCAGACGAGAGUGGACCCUUAGCGUAUCACAUCACUCUAGUGGAAUUGCUAGCAGCUUGUACAGAAGGAAAAAAUGUAUACACAGAGAUCAAGUGCAAUUCACUCCUGCCCCUGGAUGAUAUAGUGAGAGUAGUGACCCAUGAUGACUGCAUACCUGAGGUGAAAAUAGCCUAUGUUAAUUUUGUUAACCACUGUUACGUGGACACUGAAGUGGAAAUGAAAGAAAUCUAUGCCAGUAACCAUAUUUGGAAGUUAUUUGAGAACUUCCUUGUUGAUAUGGCAAGGGUUUGUAACACAACCACAGAUCGUAAACAUGCAGACACAUCUCUGGAGAAAUAUGUCACUGAGCCCGUAAUGAACAUUGUAAGUGGCUUCUUCAAUUCGCCAUUUUCAGAUAACAGCACCAGCCUCCAGACACACCAGCCUGUUUUUAUUCAGCUGCUGCAGUCUGCUUUUAGAAUUUACAACUGUACUUGGCCAAACCCAACGCAGAAAGCCUCAGUGGAGUCAUGUAUCAAGACUCUGGCUGAAGUGGCAAAGAACCGUGGGAUUGCAAUUCCAGUGGAUUUGGACAGCCAGGUCAACACCUUGUUCAUGAAGAGUCACUCUAACAUGGUGCAGAGAGCAGCCAUGGGGUGGAGAAUGUCAGCCCGCAGUGGACCUCGUUUUAAAGAAGCUCUUGGUGGACCUGCCUGGGAUUACAGGAAUAUAAUAGAAAAACUACAGGAUGUAGUGUCGUCCUUGGAGCAGCAGUUCACUCCCAUGAUGCAAGCUGAAUUCUCAGUGCUGGUUGAUGUGCUGCACAGUCCAGAACUUCUUUUUCCUGAGGGGAGUGAUGCCAGAAUAAGAUGCGGUGCUUUCAUGUCCAAGUUGAUUAAUCACACAAAGAAGCUAAUGGAGAAAGAAGAAAAGCUCUGCAUUAAAAUUCUUCAGACAUUACGAGAAAUGCUUGACAAGAAAACUAACUUUGCGGAAGAG